AAAUGAAGAAGAAAAAUUAUAUGAAGAACUGAUAACUUGGAUUGGUCUUUUUGAAGCUCAUGUUCGUUCCUGGGCAAAUUUAUAUUUUAAAGGAAGAGGAUUUAUUAAAAAUCAAUAUGAUGAAUGGUGUUGGGAAUGGAGAGUUUCUCAAUAUGAGGAGGAUUUUGAACAAACUUCACCAAUUUUUGAGACAAAAUCAAAUUUGUCAGCUUCAAUAAAAAAGCUAAUUGUUCAAAGUUGUUUGUGUGAUGUUUCUCAUCAUGAUGUUCUUUCUCGUUCAAUUCGUUUUCAGAUAUCAAAAUGGUAUUCACCUUCAAGAAGUAAUAUUCAAGGUUUUCAAAAUACUUCUUUCUUGCUGAAAGUAGAAAAAUUUGAAGACCAAGAUACACAAGCUAGAAUGUUUUUCCUUGAUGGCGAUCCUGUAAAAGAACUUUUUUCCAUUCCUGAUGAAAUUGAAGUUAAAGAAAUUAAUGAAACUAAAAACAGAAAAAUCGAUGUUUUUUUUAGAAGUAAUUAUUUUAUGAUCAAUCAUCCUAAAAAAUACGAAGUUUAUUACAAAGAAAAAAAAUUUUAUUCAUUGGUUCCUGAACAAAAAAGAUAUACUGUUCUUAAUUAUGAUAAACCCGAUAAUGUUAAAAUAUAUAAAAUAGAAAAAUGUCUCAGAAAAGCAAUUGAAACAAUUAUUAAAUCAGAAUAG